AUGAUUCCAUGGGUUACAAUUUUCAUCUCUUUGUAUGGACUUACCGAAGGGCAAGAGUUUCCGUCUAAGCACCAGAUCGUGAAGGAAUGCUGUGAGGACGGACGUGAUUAUGGUCUUCGCUGGCGCCACUGCGUUCAUCUUCCCAAAAUAGCCAGUUCCAGCGCAUGCAGCAUUGCUCAGGAGCAGUGCUGUAUUGCAGCAGUGCAAGAUGUGGCCUGUGUCAACGGCAUCACCCAGGCUAAAGAGAUGGGAGUGUGUGAGGUCCUGUCCUAUGGAGAUUACUACUCUAACAGGACUGCAGAGGUGGAGAGUCUGCACUGUGAGCUGAAUAUCUCUGUUACCAACCUGUGCCAGGAUGUAGCCAACUCAUGUUUUGGUGGUACAGCACCAACUGUAAAUGGAGGAGAUGCAGAUAAAACCAAAUUGUGUGCAGCGAUGAGAUGCUCACAGGUCUGUUUAAAUAGUGGAACUUGUGCCUGCCAUGAGGGCUACAGACUCCAGACUGAUGGACGUAGCUGUGAAGAUAUCAACGAGUGUUCGGUUGGAGGCCAUGACUGCCCAGAGGGGGAGCUGUGCAUUAACACAGAGGGUUCAUUCCACUGUCAGAGACAGGCUAACUGUGACAGAGGCUACAAGAUCACUGAUACCAAUGAAUGCCAAGAUAUUGAUGAGUGCAGUUUAGGAACCCAUGACUGUGGCUCUGAGCUGAGGUGUCAGAACACACCAGGCUCAUUCCAGUGCCAGUGUGCUUCCACCCUACCUCAAAUCUCUCUCUCUUUAUUUUGCACAUCCUCAGAUGUAAAUGAGUGUGCGAGUGAGAGCCGCCCUUGUUUGUCAGGCGAGUCCUGCAUCAACACAGUGGGCUCCUACAUCUGCCUGAAGACCGGAGUCAGCUGUCGACAAGGUUUCCAGCUGAGCAAUGACAGCGACCACUGCAUCGACAUAAAUGAGUGUGAGGAAUCCAAGGGAAUCUGUGAAGGUCAUGGCUGUGUAAACCUGCCAGGCUCUUUCCGCUGUGAGUGUCGCCCUGGUUUCUUCUAUGACAGCCGCUCAAGGGUGUGUCGAGAUUUUGAUGAGUGUAGAGCUUACUCGAGUCAGCUAUGUGCACACAAAUGUGAAAACCUGCCUGGGUCAUAUAAGUGCCGCUGCCACUCUGGUUUCAGGCUAGCGAAUGAUGGCAGGAACUGUAAAGAUGUUGAUGAGUGUGCACUGUCAGCUAUUAGGCAGCUGUGCUCUUAUCAGUGUUUGAACACACCUGGAAGUUUCAAAUGCACGUGUCCAGCAACAGGCUACAUCCUUGCCCCUGACAGACUCACUUGCCAGGAUGUUGAUGAGUGUGUGAGUGGGACACACACCUGUGCUGUAGGACAGAGCUGUUUCAACAUACAAGGCAGCUUUCGCUGUCUGUCAUUUGAGUGCCCGCGCAACUUUCAUCGUGCUGCAGAACAUCGUUGUGAGCGCAUGCCUUGUGAGAGGGCUAGUGAUUGCUUGUCCCAGCCGUUGCAGAUAUCUUUCUACAACCUCACUUUUCCCGCCAGUAUCCCCAUACCUGCUGAUAUCUUACGCAUGGGACCUUCCAGCUCUGUCCCUGGUGAUGUUGUCAAUCUAUCCAUCGCUGCUGGGAAUGAUGAGGGCUUCUUCAGUGUUCAUAGGCUUUCCCAUGGGGGCGUGAUUGUACUUCGCAAGCCUCUUACCAAAGCCCAUGAUUUCCUUCUAACAGUAGAGAUGAGGCUGAUGCGCUACAGCACAGUUAGCUUGUUUGUGGCUAAGAUCGCUGUGUUUGUCACCAACGAGAAGCUGAUCUCAGCCAACAGUAGGAUACCACACUAA